AUGGAAGAGGGAAAAAUCUUUCAUGAGAAUAUAAAUCAAACUCGUUCGAAGAUUGAAACUCGUAAAAAUUAUAGAGAUUGGAAUAACGCUGCAUUUAUGGUUCGAGAAAGAGAUCACAACAAGAAUUCUACUCAUUCUAGUUGCAAGAAAGAUCUCAGAGAAGAUCACCAACAAACUCAUGUUGAUGGUGACAGUUCAUCAAAUGCUCAAGCUAGCACUACUCAAGAGCAGAUUUCUCAGUUGAUCAGCUUACUACAACAUUCGAAUUUGAUGCCUCAUAACCCUUCCCCUAAUCACACAUCUAGUUCAAACCAAAUUUCUAUUCAUAAUGUUCAUAAACCAUAUGAUACAUCAGUUGUUCCACAAAACUGGGAGUACUUUAAUGAUCACUCUCUUCCAUCACAAAACCUUAAUCCUAUCGAUCCAAUCCCUUCACAUAGCCCUAAUCCAAUUUUCAUCACACCUCCCAACUCUACUAACCAAAAUGUUCCUCGUGUCACUGAGGAUUCUUCCUCCACCCAUAUUGAUUCCCCUUUUGAAUAA